AUGAAGCUGUUGGUGAGGCCCGGCUGCCCGGCGAACCUGAAGGUCUUGGCGGCCGUGGGGGUGACAGAGCUCAAGCCUGAGCUGCAGCAGGUCAGCCAGCAAGAGUACCUGAACUACGAAGACGGCAAGUUCUCUAAAAGCCGCGGGGUCGGUGUCUUUGGAGACAUGGCGAAGGAGACGGGGAUUCCGGCUGACAUCUGGCGCUUCUACCUCCUCUUCGUUCGCCCGGAGGGUCAGGACAGCUCCUUCUCCUGGAACGACUUGAUGUUGAAGAACAACUCGGAGCUGCUGAAUAACCUGGGCAACUUCGUCAACCGAGCCGGGAUGUUUGUCACCAAAUUCUUCGCUGGCGUGGUGCCGGAGAUGGAGCUGACCCGGGAUGAUAAGCGACUGUUGGCCCUGGUGAUGUGGGAGCUUCAGCAGUACAAUCGGAAUCUGGAGAAAGUUCGGAUCCGGGAUGCUCUGAGGUGCAUCCUGAACAUCUCCCGCUACGGUAACCAGUAUAUCCAAGUCAACGAGCCCUGGAGACGGAUCAAAGGCAGUGAGUCCGACAGGAGUCGAGCUGGCACGGUGACUGGAGUGGCGGUGAACGUGGCCUGCCUCCUCUCCAUCAUGCUUCUGCCGUACAUGCCAAGCGUCAGUGCCACUAUCCAGAGCCAGCUACAGGCCCCCGAGGACUGCAACACACUGACCGACCGCUUCGUCUGCAUGCUGCCUGCCGGACACAAGAUCGGGACGGUUAGCCCGUUAUUCCAGAAACUGGAAAGCAAUCGGAUUGAGGAUUUGCGGAAGAAAUAUGGAGGGCAGAAGGCACCUGCCGGAGCCAAGCCUACAGCUGAGGUCAAGCUGGGCGCUGACCCCCGGGAGCUCCAGGAGCUGGUGACCAAGCAGGGGGAUUGUGUCCGUGAACUGAAGGCCCAGAAGGCGGAGAAGUCGCUGAUCGAAGCCGAAGUCUCUGUGUUGCUGGACCUCAAGAGACGUUUGGCACUGAUGGAAGGGAAGCCGGAGGGGAGGAAGAAAUGAGCGAACGUUGCGUGUAAGCCGGCAACGGGCGCCGGGAUUCUCGUGCUGCCGUUCAGCUCUGACACUCUCUCUCUCCCUCUCUUGCCCCUCGCCAACCCCACGGACUGCAACGCUCUCUCUCUAACGUCAACUCCCUCUCCCUAACGUCAAGAUAUAAACAAGAGUAGGCCAUUCGGCCCCUCGAGCCUCCUCCGCCUUUCAGUUCAACCACGGCCCCCUCUCGUGAUUCCCCCGAGACCCCGGCCUCUGACAUCCUCGAUCGCCGGAGCACCACCCCCCCCCCCCCCCCCCCCCCC